AUGAUCCUGAGGUUAUUGCUAGCCGUUGCCCCGUAUGCGCUAGCCGAGAUUGCCGAUUAUGCCACCGUACCCCAGGGUCAGAAUCCGACGCUAUACUCGCCGGAGGACCAUGUUAUUCAGCUGGAUGAGAACACGUUUAACGAUACCGUAUAUUGCCAGGGGCCCGAUUGCACCGGGUUUUUAAUUGAGUUCUACUCCGACUGGUGUGGGCAUUGCAGAGCUUUUGCCCCGCUAUACAAACGUCUUGCCGAUGAUGUGAAGGGCUGGUCCCCGGUCGUGAAAAUCGCUGCCAUCAACUGCGCCGAUCAAGUGAAUGAAGCGACUUGUCGGGCGAAUGGCGUCCAGUAUUUCCCUUUUAUCAAGUACUUUCCGAAGAACUCGACGCAAGCCUUCGACGGGAACAAGCUGAAGGCCUACCAAUCGUUGGCCGAGAUGCGGGAUCAAUUGACAAAGGUCGUGAUCGACGACUUCUCCGUCAACCGCUUCCCGGACUGGCCAGAUUUCGACUUCAUGAAUGACAUCGUAACCUACGGCCACCUUUGGGACGGCAUCGACACGACCGCCCAGUUCUUGGCUAUCAUUUUUGAGAGCCACCAGACCAGCUUGACUGGGGCACAGCUGUUGCUCGAUCUGUCAAAGCAGAGAGAUCGUCUGGUAGCUAGGAGAUCGUUGAAAACGAAUCCGCUUGUCGAGAAGCUCCACCUCACCGACUUCCCCUCGAUUGCCAUUUUCAAGCGGGGCGAGACGCAGCCGAUCCAUGUUUCGGAGAUUCGUCGUAUGCUGAUGAAUGAAGUCGAAGAAUUUUUGGGCACCCCGACAAAGUCGAUCUCGAACUCCAUCAUCCAGAUGCAUAGCAGGAGACCAAACCGAACGGCGCAGUGCGAGGAGAAUCCGGCAGAAUGCCGUCCUCUCUAUUACGUUUCUGAGGUAGACAUGCUGAAGGCGAUGCGCUACGCCUUGUUCCGAGAGACAGCCAGAAACGGCACCCCACUCCAGGGCCAGAACCUGACAGCCCUCUACCAAUUUCUGAACGCCCUCUCCGACCAUUUCCCAACCACCACCAGCCCGGAUGGUGGACACAAUGAGGUGGGCUUGAAUUUUGAGAGCACGCUUGAUCGCUCGACUCGUGCCGUGCGGCGUCUCAUGCGGAUGCGGGAAUUCUUGGAGACUCGCGGGCUUGAUCACGUGAUUCCGAUCGACGAUUGGCAGAAGGAGUUCUUGGAUGCGGAGGCAGAAGCCGGCAACCCAUUCCCAACAUCCGCCGAGUGGGACCACUGCAAGGGGUCGACCCCGCAGUUCCGCGGCUACACCUGUGGACUCUGGACGACGUUCCACACCCUUACUAUUGCCGCAUAUAGGCAGGGUGCUAACAGUGCCGACUUCCACCCUCUUCCCAUUCUUCACUCGAUCCGGGAUUGGGUGGGCAACUUCUUUGGAUGUCUCCACUGCCGGGACCACUUCUUGAAGAUGACCACCAAGACGUUCAAGAUUGAGGAGAAUGUGAAAAACCGUGAAGACGUGUUCUUCUACUUGUGGGAGGCACACAAUCGGGUGAACAAGCGGCUGUCCGGAAGGGAUACGGAAGAUCCCAAGUAUCCAAAGUACAAAUUCCCAGCAACCUUCUUGUGUCCCAACUGCAUCACGGAGGACAAGCCGAAUUACGAGCAGCUGAAGGACUUCCUCCUCUCCUACUACACCGAGAUCAAGCCGUACAAGGGGAAGAACCUGCUCGAGCGCUUGAGAUCA